AUGGCGAACGACGUCGAAGUAAAAUCAAUUAUGUCCAUAUCAUCCAAAUCAGAAGUCAGUACUGCUGCCCUUACUCGCACUAGGUGGAAGAAUGCCCCUCUUCACGAAAGAUGUACAACGGCAGAUAUGCUCAAAAUUAAAGAUGCAUUCCAAGAAGCAUAUAGGAAUAAAAUGUUACCAAAUGAAUUUAGAAAUUUAUUGCGCACAUUGCUUAAUGUGGAGUAUGAUGAUGAUGAAUUUAAUAUCCUAUUUCUAAAAAUCAAUACGUCGCGUGAGGGCGAAAUAGACUGGGAUGAGUUAGUAUCACAUUUACUGCUUGGCUACUUCCUCAAUGAUCCAGAAAACGAGAGAGCGUCAUUACAACUGCCCAUCAUGGGUCUUCCUACGGUGAUGCGCUCGCAGCAUCGCCAUCCUAUAUCGAGGAUAUGCUUUUGUCCAGACGUUGCGAAGGAUCGAACAACGGACAUGUUGACGGGUAACUACAUAACAGCCAGCAGAGACGGUAUGAUCAACUGGUGGUCGCUCGAUAUGACACUCUUACGAACUGCUUUCUCUUCGAGCCCUCAUCUAAAGGUUCGCUCAACCUGGGUAACCGAUAUGGUGUGUAUGCCUGAUGUGAACAUCAUUGUGACGAGUUCUACGGAGAGAGACCUACGUUUCUAUGACUGCACUGCCAAGACAUUUACUUUGAAGAUUGUCAUCACUAGUUGGGAGUAUAUGAUAUGCACGAUGUACUACCACUUCCACAAAGACCCGUCGGAGAAGUGCACGCUGAUCUGCGGCGACGUGGGCGGCAAUAUCCGCGUGCUGCAGUUCUCGCCCGUGCAGCGCGGGCCCUUCCGCAACCAGCCCGGCCGCGCGCUGCUGCAGUUGCGCCAUGUGGAUCUGCAAAAGAAGCCGCACCUGCUCCCCGAGCUGCGGCUGACGGAGCUGCGGCGCGUGCACACGGAGUGGGUGCGGCAGGUGUCGUACUACGCGUCGCUGCACUGCAUCGUGUCGUGCGCAACCUGCCCCGACUCGCUGCUCAUGUGCGACCUCGCGGGUUCCAAGACGCACAACAUGUUCCGUGUGGAUAAGGGCAUCCAAUGCUUCGCGUUCGAUGAGGAAGCGCACGUGCUAGUGACGGGCGGGCCUGACUGCGUAGUGCGCGUGUGGAACCCGUUCGUGCCGCGCGCGCCGAGCGCCACGCUGCACGGCCACCACGCGGCCGUGCUCGCGCUCGCGCUGCAGGGCCCCGCCCGGGUCUACUCGCUCGCACGCGACCGCGUCAUCAAGGCGUGGGAUAUACACGGCCAGUGCUGCAUACAAAGUUACAUCGAUAUCCCGGCCCAAAUCGGCGAGCGCACUCCCAUAUCGACCGUGUAUAACCCGGCGACCCGUGAGCUGAUCCUCGCGGCCGUCAAGAUCGCGGUGCUAGUGCUGGACGAGCAGAUCAACCCGCACCACACGGACGGCUUCACGCACUCGCGGGCCGUCGCCAAGAUACUCUAUAAUCCGCUGUUCAAGGUCAUCAUUACGUGUGGCAUGGAUAGUAUCAUUAUUAAUUGGGAUCCCGUCACUGGUAAGCGCAACGUGUUGAUCCGCGAUGCGCAUGUGCGGCUGCUGCACGGCGAGCUGAUUCCGGUGGAGAUCACGGCCGCGUGCUUCGAUCCCGCGCACCAGCUGCUGCUCACCGGCGCCAGGAACGGCACGCUCAGGGUGUGGAAUUUCAACACGGGAGUGUGCUUGAAGGAGAUGACAAUAGAACACAUGUGCGAGGUCACCAACUGCUUUUGGGUGGAAGGCCGCAUAAUGGCGGUCGGCUGGAACCGGCACGUGACGGAGUUCGAGGAGGGCGGCACGACGCGCACGGGCAAGGCGUGGGAGACGCGGCACACGGACGACGUGCUCGCCGCCGCCGCACGCCACCCCAUCACGCUCGCCACGUCGUCCUAUAAUUCGGAGCUGAUAUUCUGGAAGCUGGAGACUGGCCAGCCUUAUCGACGCUUCUCGUGUACGGAGCCAAUGCUGCGCAUAAAGAUGCAGUACAGUAAGCGCGCCGCGUCGCCGCACGCUGCCACCGCGGGAAGCAGCGCGCAUCGCGGCUCCUCCAUGCUGCGCCGCCCUAGCAUGGGUGGUGCGCGCGAGUCUCUAAUCGACGCAGCGUCCGCAAUGGAGAAGGCACGCGCACGGCGUGUGUCCACGGUGAGCCUGCCCGCGCGCGCACAGCGCAUGCGCCAGCUCGCCGUACAUGCCAUGAUCUUCCUGCAGACGCGUCCGUGUCAUAUGCGUGUUGCAUCGCUAAUGGUGUCCCUGGAAAAUGGACAAAUCCAGUGCUGGUCAGACCACCCCGCUGGCGGUAUCCAGGGCGCGUUCCAGGGCAUCCACACCGCUGGGGACUACGUGUCUGCCUUCGCCACCGACGUUGAUAAUAAUUACCUGUUCACUGGGACUACUGUGGGAUACAUAAAAAUUUGGCUCAUGACGAACUAUCUAACGCUCGAAAAGGAGCACGUGAGCAUGCCACAGCUGCGGCUCAAGUUCCCGUUCCUGUGGCGCGACCGCGUGGAGGGGCGCGCCAAGCGCAGCGUGCGCGACCAGCCGCUGCCGCUGCUGCUGAGCUCCGCGCGCGCGCACCUGCGCUGCGUCACCGCUCUCGCUUAUGUCGACCACCUUGAGCUGCUGUUUAGCGGCUCAUCAGACUACAGCGUGCGUGCGUGGCGUCUGUCGGGCGAGUACGUGGGCACGCUGGGCAGCUUUGUGCCGUGGUCACUCGACGUGCCACGCUUCCCACCUGAUGUGCGCAAAGUCGCUAGCUUCACCACAUUCAAGGUGUGGCGCAGUGGCUACGUGUCCCGUUACGUGCCUGGACAAGUGGAAGUGGACAAGCUGCGUGACAUCACUGAGACGGAGCUGCGCACGCGCACGUUCGGCGCACCGCCGCCGCAACCUCUACUCGGUCGAUAUUUCAACUUGCCGCCAAGACCAGAGCAGCCUACUGCUAUUGUGCUUGAUGAUUCACUGCCCACAAUCCCGCUAUACACGCACCUACGCAUGGCGUCAACGCAGCCGGUGCGGCGGCCCGCUACGCCCGAGCUAGUUCGUGCCACGCGCCUGCGCCGCACCAACACGCGCCGUCCGCACUUCGAGUCGCACACGUCCUCUUAACGCAAAUGUGAAAACGCACGUGCGAUUUAAUUAACGCAGCCGGUGCGGCGGCUCGUACGUAUUUCAAUCAAGGCUUCUAAUGAAAUGACUGAAUUAUCCUUAGAGCAUUCAACCAUGCUGUAAGGAAUUAUCCAUUUGACUUCCACGCGUCAUCCAGCUUAUGUAUAGAAAUAAUUGCAUAAAUUCGCUUCAAUAAUUUUAGGGCUCUGUGUACGUCACGCUUAGUUUAUGUAUUUUUACUAGAUAUAGUGGCUUUAAUAUACUAUGCUUGCUUUGGAUCUUAUUGCUAACAUAUGCAGCUUAAUCAUUGUGUUGUCGUAUGCAGCAAAACUAUCCU